CUCGAAAAAAUGGGCUAAUGUCAACUUUAAGGAUAUCUAGAUUGUUUUAAGCCUCAUUUGUUUCAAAUAAUGAUAAUUCCAUCAGCUACUUUACACGAACGGCAUUCUUUGUCUUAUAGAAUUCAUUAACUAUCUCAACAGCGGCUUUUAAUUGUUGUGUGGCGGCCGUAAAAGUCUACCUGAUCCUUUGGAUAUUGAAGCAUAUUCAAUAUUUAUGUUUAACAGACCGGGACAGAGUAGAUCACGGGAUAUUCUACGUAAGACAAGCCCGUGAUAAUUAAACAUCCUCUUUCAAAUACUAGGAAUAACGUAAGUAAAAAUAAAGGAAGUUAAUUAUCCAGCUUAACGUACAGGCUUGAAACUAAAGCCAGGCUUGAAACUAAAGCUGUUUUCUUUCUCUUUUUUUUUUUUUUUGUCUUUUUUUUUUUGUUUGUUUAAGCGUUGAUUAUUAUAUAUGUUUGUAUAUUUUAAUAUAAAUCAGGUACAACUUUAACAUCAGUGCAUGGUUAUUGCACAGAAAGUUAAGCAAUUACAUUGUAUGACGUGAAGUAUGGCAGACACUGAUUACUUUGUCAUAGCGGCAAUAGAUUUUGGAACGACAUAUUCGGGUUACGCUUUCCAGCUUACAAGCGAAUAUGAUCCAACAGAUCCAACAAAGAAAAUCUUUUCUCCUCAAGCUUGGAAUGACGGUUCAACAAAACUUACGUCUCUUAAGACACCGACUUGUUUGCUAUUAGAUAACAAUGAAGACAUUGAUUCGUUUGGAUUCAUGGCGGAAGAAAAGUAUGCUGAUCUAUGUAUGGACGGAGAUAAUAAGAAUUGGUACUUUUUCAGGCGAUUCAAGAUGCAGCUGCAUGACACUACAGGCUUAAAAAGGACAACAAUGUUAUCGGAUGAGACUGGAAGAAAACUUUCGGCGUUAAAGGUUUUCAGUAAAUCUAUUGAAUGUCUAAAGAACAACUUCUCGGAGUUACUGCAGAAGAAAAAUUGCCACGUACUGCCGCACGAGAUAAAGUGGGUUCUCACAGUACCAGCAAUUUGGGAUGAUACCGCAAAAGGUUUUAUGAGACAAGCAGCAAAAGAGGCUGGAAUUCCGUCUGAGCAUUUGACAAUAGCAUUAGAACCGGAAGCAGCCUCCUUAUUUUGUCAGCACUUACCUGUAGAGAAGUUAAACGUUGGCGGACAGGUGAAGUUCUCUGACGCUAAACCAGGGACCACAUAUAUGAUUGUCGAUCUUGGAGGCGGAACUGCAGAUAUAACGGUGCAUGAAAAGGUAUCUUGCGGAAAGCUCAAAGAAGUCGAUCGAGCAAGUGGUGGACCGUGGGGUGGCACUUCGGUUGAUGGAGCAUUCAUACAGCUUAUCAGCUCAAUUGUUGGAGGGCCUGUUUUUGCAGUAUUUAUGAAAAAACACACUGUUGAUUACCUCGAUCUGAUGAGAGAAUUUGAAUCUGUCAAGCGAAAUGUCAGCCUUUCUACAACCGAUGAUAUAAAGAUGAAACUCCCUGUUACUUUGAACGACACAUGCAAAGAACAGGUAAAGAAGGAUUUCAAAGAGCUUGUCAAAGUAGCGAAGAGAGACAAAGAUAUAACCUUUGUCGGAGAUAAAGCCAAAUUCAAACCAGCACUUAUGCAAGCUCUCUUCAAGAAGGCUACAGAUAAGAUUGUUGACCACAUGAAGUACAUCCUUGACAAGACACCUGUCGGGAAGAAGGUCUCACUUAUUCUCAUGGUAGGUGGUUUCUCGGAGUCUGCUUUCAUACAAGACGUGAUCAAAGCAGAGUUCCACAACAAGAAAGACAGAAAAGUCCUUAUACCAAAAGAAGCUGGCAUUUCUGUUGUACAAGGAGCAGUUGUGUUUGGGCGACAUCCCGAGAACAUAACAUCCAGGGUGCAGCGUUUCUCUUAUGGCGCAAAAUUGUCUCCUUCAUUCGAUGCAAAAAUUCACAAAUCUUCAAAAAUGUAUAAAACCGAAAAAGGCGAUGCCAGAUGCAACGAUAUCUUCGGUGAGUUCAUGCACUGCGGCACAGAAGUAAAAGUAGGUCACACAGUAUCUACUUCAUAUACCACGGUUAGGCCAUUCCAAGGUGAUACCGACCUGCAAGUUUUCACUUCGACUAGAGAGAAAACCAUGUAUACCGAUGAGGAUGGUUGUAAGAAGCUCGGGCAGCUUACGAUCAAAAUUCCAAAUCCAUCUGAGGAAAUUCGGGAGAUAUCUGUACAGUACGUUUUUGGUGAUACAGAACUUCACAUCCACGCCUCUGAUGUAAAAAGUAAGGUUCCAUGUAAAACCACACUGAGCAUUUUUUAAUGAAUUACAAGAGUACUAAAUAACAAGACAUCACUACUUUAUGCUAUAUUUGUCAGUAUUACAAUGUCUGUAAAUUAAUUGCAAGUUGAUAUUGAUUCUAGGUAUAUUAUGAUACAUUAUAUUGUAUAUUGUGUCUGACUUUAUUGUAAUAUGUAUAAACAAAUAAUUGUAUUGUAUUAUACAGUGACUAUAGUCACACCUAUUCAACUAGAAUUAAAUGUGAAUUUGUAAAUGUGACAGACUUAUACAUUUCCCAUCAUAUAUUGAAUUCACCGUCAUAAGUGUGUAUAGCAGAGAAUUGGAUUUUAUUGAGAUUUUCUCAUUACAUUACUUUGCAAUGAAUACUCAUUAACCAAAUAUCAUAAAGUCGUUCCAAACUUCAGAUUAUUUGAGAAUAAGAGUGACUAACUGUGUGUAAUAAGGUACUGUUUUAUAGAUAUAUCACUUAAAUCUUCUAUGACAUUAUCCAAAUAUAUUCAUUUACAAUUAUUUUAGCAGACAAGAAGUACGAAAUGUAUCUUCAGCUAAGUAAACAUUUCUGGAAAGGAAAGAAACUUGAGCUAUUUUAAUUUCUGUCUUCUGGCGUGUUUCGUCUGGCCCUUAAGGAUAUUUCUCUUCUUGCUAUGUUUUCUGCAAAUGCAUUGAGUACAUACGGUUUAGCCUUUUUAUAUAAAUACAAAAGUAUUUUGGUGUUUUACAAUAUAUAGCAUGCCUUCUGUCCACAUUACGUAUGUUAGGGUUUCACCUGGCGGGGAUAACUAGAUGGUGGUGGUAAGAGUGGGGUUAGGUGCACCAUAAACCUGUUUAGGGCUCCAGUGGUAGUUUUGCCAUUAACGCCCCAAUGUGUUCCUUUAUUUGUUCGUUUUGUCCUAGUGUAUUUGCUUUCUGUGAGUUGGUGUGUUUGCUUUUGAUGAGAAGUGUGCGUGCGUGCGUGCGUGCGUGCGUGCGUGCGUGCGUGUGUGUGUGCAUCCGCGUGCUAGGUUAACAUUUCGGGAGGUUGCGUUUUUGGAAUGUGGCUUGCCUGUUGCAUAUCUAUCCUUGUUAGUUGUUGUAGUUGUUUUUGAGUACAUAAAGUGUGCAAAACACAAAAUAAAUGAAUCUGUGAAGGAUAUAUGAGCUUCUUGCCUGCCAUGAUACCGUAAAUAUCUUACUUAUUGUACCAUUUUAAUAUCCAUACUGAAUAGAGAAUCCUAAAUGUCUAAAAUGUACAAUAUUCAAUAAAUUUGACUUUAUUUCA